CUUUAAUGUAUUUCAUUCACUUUACAAAAAUAAAAAUAAAAAAACAGUUUUCUGUUUUUCUGUUUAUUCAAAGAAAACUACGUUUUCUAAAUUCUCAAUUGAACAUUUGACAUAUAAAGAGAGAAAAGUACAUGUGAGUAUAAAACAAAAAAAACAACAACAAACAAACAAGAAAAUCAACUUUCAAAAGAAACUUCAAUGUAUGUUCAAUUUAUUUGAAUUAACGCCCUAUUUUAUAAAUAUAUAUAUUUAAAUAUUUCAAAUAAUUUCCUUUUUUUUCUUUUUUUCUUUUCAUUUCUGUUCUUUCUUAUUCAAAUACUACUAUCAAGUAUUAUUUAAAAAAAAAAAUAAGUAGUAUAAUCAUGACAACCAUUACACCAAUGCCCAUAGAAACAAAUGAUUAUGAAGAAUUUUUAAAACAAUUUAAAUUACUUAAUAUAAUAUCAGCUGAAUUUCGUAAUAUAUGUACAAUACUUGGUACAGAAUUGGAUUGUAUAUCAGUCAGAACAAAUUUGAUUAUGUUACAAAGAUAUAUGAUGUAUGUAUUACGUAAUACUGAAAGUCAAUUAAUUAAAUGUUGGCGUAAUACUAAUAUUGGUUUAACAACAAAUAUAACAAGUGAACAAUCAGAUCAAUUAUUUUCUAUAUUUACAACAUAUAUUGAAUAUCAUAUGAGAGCAUUAUUAAAAACAUUACAUUUAAUUACAUUAUUUCCUUCCAUAAAUUUACAAGGUAAUAUGAAUACUACUAAUAUGAAUAAAAAUAGUAGCAAUGAUAAUGUUGGCAAUGAAGAAGGUAAGGAGUCCAAGAACCAUGAGCUUAACAAUAAUGAAAUUGUAAUACACAAUAAUUCAUCAUGGAUAUUAGCAUCAAAUAAAUUAUUACAAACUAAUAUUAAUUCAUUAAUUAUUACUGGAUUGACUAAAUCAAUAGAAUUAGGAAUAGAUCAAAAUCAGAUAUCAUUAUUAUUAGCUGAUAAAACUAAUCUAGACAAUGAUGAUGAUGAUGAUAAUGAACAAAGUGUCAUGGGGAAUUCAACUCUUUCUGAAAUUGAUAUAUUAAAAAAUGAAUAUUGUACUUUACAAACUGCAUUACAUGAUAUUUCGUCUGUCAGCAUUUGUUCUUCCUCCAAAAUCCUCCUGAAUAGAACGUGGAGCGUUUUUGCAGUUACUUCUAUGACUGACCGAGGAAUAACUUUGAGAGGUAAUUCCCAGGAUUCUAUGGAGAAGAAAUGAUUAGUAGAGCUCAGCUAUAUCGGGUCAUUAGUUUGUGUUACACCAUGGAAUGUAUUAGCAUUUCCUAUUGAUAUAGAACAAAGAUUAUCAUUACAAGAAUCCACUUCAACUAUACAUCCACGUAAAAGUCAAUUAAGUAAUCGUUUACAAACUUCUAAUAAAAAAUAUACAUUAAGUAGUAUUUAUUCAUCAAAUUUUAGUACUACAUUUGGAAAAAAUCAAGUACAUAUAUUACCAACUAUAAAUGAAUUACCUAUUCAUUAUAAAUUAUGUGAUAUAUUAAAAAAUUAUUUAAAAAAGAAAAGAAUAUUUACAUUUCUAUUAAUUGGUACAUUUAUUAUUACAUGUUUAAUUAUACUACUGAUAUUAUUUAUUGUGAUAUUUCC